UACCUUUAAGGCUACAAAUGAGAAAGAGGGUGUUCAACGGAUGCGCCAACUAUUGCUUAUUGCUCAUACCUCUCUCUCUCUCUCAAUUGCCUGCACUUUCCUGUGGGUGGUGUGCUUCCCCCUCCCUCCUCCCUCCUUCACCGGAAUGGGGUGGGACCUUCCUUCGUCUGAGUUUCAAUACUCCGACGCACAACGCUUGUCCCACCACACACAGCUCUAUCCAUCUGCCAUACACCACAAAAAAAACUGUUUAUUGUUCGAAGCGCAUGACAUGACUUUUUUGUGUGCAAAUGUUUGCUUAAGGAGUUGAUUUCCUCACCGUCAAGCAUGUCAAACCCGAGGGGAAGUGGCUCACGUUACAAUUUGUAAAUUAAACAUUGCUCGCAGUCUAAACAACUUUGGGUGGUGUUUUCAUCACGCGCGGGUUCUUUUGGUUAUACGCAUUGGCAGUAUCCUAUUUCACUUUUACGUU